AUGCGAGUCCUCGCCAAACGACUCUCGCGAGCUCUCUACUGCGCUGAGUCUUCUUCACCAUCAUCAUCUCCUUCAGUCACUCCUCGUCAUGGCUCGCUGAUCUUAAAAACUCUCACUACUUGUAGCAAAUCUCAGCAGUCAAUUAAAGCCGCCGACCAAGCAGUGCGAGGCGUUCUCGCCACUCCGUGGUCCGCGACGCAGCUCCGUGGAGCCAAAUUGCGCGGCGCCGAUGUGAGACCAGGAAAUGUAGUUGAAAGAAAAGGUGGAUUUUUUUAA